AUGCCUGAUUUGAAAGACCAGCUGCACGCUGUUUGGCUUUGCUUUGAGAUACCUCGUGCAGGCGGACAUUUACUAGAGAUGGGAGCGGAGGAUUUCCUGCAAUCGAAACGUAGUGAAACACUGGGAAAUGAGUUCGAGGAACUCGUGAAGAACAAAACAGAAGCGGAGCUGCAGGAUACCUGCAUCGGACCUCUACAGGAAUUUGCAGGGCCUGGUAUUCCCCAUGUCAUGAUCUCUACCACAAAAGGCUACAAGGAGACGCUCACCAACCUCAUCCAAAUAACUGAAAGCUGUGUCAAUGAGCAUCUUGUGCCCGAAGCCACGGUGAUGUCCUCCGUCGCUCAUACUUGCACAGCCGAAGAGUUCAGGGAAUUGAUGAUGGGAAUGCUCAAUACGAUACAAGCUGGACCUACAGCUGAUCCCACCAAGACCAUGACAUUUGGGUUAUCCAUGGUGGGCACUAUUGCAGGUGUUGUGUCCGCCUUGGCGGGACCUGUGACUCCCAUCGUAGUACCAAUCGCAGUAGGUGCCGUACUCGUCGUAUGGGUUCACGAAGGUAUACAAAAUGUCAUACGCACCACUAUUUUUUCGUGUGCGAAGGGAUACUAUGAACACUUCUUUGUUAGCCAUGCGGUGCUUCAGCACUUCAUGUCCUACAUAAUCCAUUUAACACUCGUGUUGCAGACACUUUUCAUCGUGUCAGAAAGCCAGGAACUUACUUGUAGGGCCAUUAAGCUCGCAGUCAAAUCCUACCUCACCUCUCCCAUGAACAAGGAGGUUCUUACUCGAAUUCAGGAUUAUGUCAGGCCAUUGACAAUCCUGGAAUGCACGAAUGGCGAUACCUUGGAUAAAAUCAAAGAGAUGAUGCAAUUUUACAAGAUCGAUGCAACACAAAUGUCCCAUCUUCAAGCAGAGACUUUUCAUGUAGAUUUGUCGUCGGACAAACCAUGGUAA